AUGCCCGCCCUCGCCAACAGCGCCCGUGCCGUCGCACGAUCAUGGACAGCCCACCAGAUGCCCGUCGCCCGGGCGGGCUGCACCGCCAUGCAGACCCGUAACGCGUCGGCGUCGUCGUUCGACAGCCCCUUCAAGGGCAGCGCCGACAGCACCAAGAUCCCCUCGUUUGCCGCCUACCGGAACAAGAACGGCGAGCAGAGCACCAAGGUCUUCCAGUACUUCAUGGUCGGCACAAUGGGCGCCCUGUCCGCUCUUGGCGCGAAGGCGACCGUCCAGGACUUCCUCGUCAACAUGUCCGCCUCCGCCGACGUUUUGGCGCAGGCCAAGGUCGAGAUCGACCUCGCUGCCAUCCCCGAGGGCAAGAAUGUCAUUAUCAAGUGGCGAGGCAAGCCCGUCUUCAUCCGCCACCGCACCGAGAGCGAAAUCAAGGAGGCCGAGGACACCAAGUGGGAGUCUCUGCGUGACCCCCAGUCUGACGGCGACCGCGUCCAGAAGCCCGAGUGGCUGAUCAUGUUGGGCGUUUGCACCCAUCUUGGUUGUGUGCCCAUCGGCGAGGCCGGCGACUUCGGCGGCUGGUUCUGCCCCUGCCACGGAUCCCACUACGACAUCUCUGGCCGCAUAAGAAAGGGACCCGCGCCCCUCAACCUCGAGGUGCCCGCAUACGACUUCCCUGAGGAGGGCAAGGUUGUCAUUGGUUGA